UCGUUCCAUCGCCGUUGAGACAUCAAGUCACGAGUACGCCUUCGCCUCUAAAUUCACCGACCGACCCCUCUCAGCAGUCCAACCAACCGAAGAAAACCAUCGACACAGCGCUACACUGCAAUGGCGGCCACCGACACCCGCCUCUCCGUCGCCCACCAGACGCGCUUUGCACUCCGCCUCGCCUCCGCCAUCUCCUCGCCCUCCAACGCCGACGGUGCUGCCGGCAACGCAGCCUUCUCCCCGCUCUCCCUCCACGUCGCGCUCAGCCUCAUCGGCGCCGGCGCGGGCGGUGCCACCCGCGAUCAGCUGGCCGCUACACUCGGUGCCGUAGGGCAAGGCGAGGCGGAGAGCCUCCACGCGCUCGCCCAGCAGGUGGUGCAGCUGGUGCUCGCCGACGCGUCGGUCGAGGGCGGUCCGCGCGUCGCGUUCGCUAACGGCGUCUUCGUCGACACGUCGACGCCGCUCAAGUCGUCCUUCAAGGAGGUCGCCGUUGGGAAGUACAAGGCCGAGACCCACUCCGUCGACUUCCAAACUAAGGCUGGUGAAGUUGCAUGUCAAGUGAACACAUGGGUAGAGAAAAUCACAUCAGGUCUCAUCAAAGAGAUCCUCGCGGAUGGAUCUGUCGACAGCACCACUAGACUUGUUCUUGGCAAUGCGCUUUAUUUCAAAGGAGCCUGGACAGAGGAGUUUGAUGCAUCCAAAACCAAAGACGGCAAGUUCCACCUUCUUGACGGGAGCUCAGUACAAGCACCAUUCAUGUCUAGCACAAAUGAGCAAUAUAUUUCGUCUUGUGACAAUAUGAAAGUACUUAAGCUUCCUUACCGGCAAGGCGGGGACAUGAGGCAAUUUUCCAUGUACAUACUUCUUCCAGAAGCAAAUGACGGUCUUUGGAACUUGGCCGAAAAGGUGAGCUCGGAACCAGAGUUCCUAGAGAAGCAUACCCCAACCGAGAAGGUCCCAGUCAGACAUUUCAAGCUUCCCAAGUUCAAGAUUUCGUUCGGAUUUGAAGCUUCCAGUUUGCUCAAAGGUUUGGGACUGCAUCUUCCAUUUAGCGGAGAAGCCGAUCUUUCGGAGAUGGUGGAUUCAGCAGAGGAGCAGAAUUUGUGCGUCUCGUCAGUUUUCCAUAAGUCCUUUGUUGAAGUGAAUGAAGAAGGAACAGAGGCUGCAGCAGCAACGGCUGCAGUUGUUAUGCUAGAGUCGCUACCAUUAGACCCGCCAAUGGAGAUAGAUUUUAUCGCAGACCACCCAUUCCUUUUCAUGAUCCGAGAAGAUUUGACUGGUGUGGUGUUGUUUGUUGGUCAUGUGGUCAAUCCUUUACUUGCAGCAUAAUGCAUCUGCUAUGAACCGGCGAAAGGGCUUAUGUUGCAUGCAAGUAAAGAGUUUUACCUUGCAAUCUUACCAUCCCUGAAAUAAACGUAUGCAGUGUCUGGUUUCGAAGUAUGACUUACUUUACGUAUUUCGGUUUUGGAAUUGUGGCUUGGAUUACGUAUUUCGGUUUUGGAAUUGUGGCUUGGAUGAUGUACAUAAUGUGUU